AUGCAUUCUCCCUUUGUCACUCGUUCAUUUCUUUUCGUCGGCUGUUUGAUACACAGCAUACGUGCCACUCCUUUAGCCAACGUAACUCUGCCUUCACACAUUCCAAUUCCUAGCCCGACCGGCGUACCACCAUAUGACACGAUACCCUCAAACAACAAGACCGAAAGAUGGGACAGCCCAGAAUACACAUGGAUCUUCCAGUAUCCACUACCAAUACCUGUUGUGAAGGAGGCCAAAUUCACCUACACCAAUGAGACUACCGGUGCCGUUAUCGACUACUACGAGGUGGAAGUCAAGGCUGCCACCCAACAAAUAUACCCCAAUCUACCAGCCACUACUCUAUACACAUAUGAUGGGUCGUCACCGGGACCGACAUUUAUGAUGCGAAAAGGGCGAGAGGCAGUAGUGCGAUAUACAAACACCAGUCCAACAAACUCAUCAGUCCAUGUUCACGGCCAGUACAACCGUGCUCCGUUCGAUGGCUGGGCCGCAGACUACGCAUUCCCUGGUCAAUACAAAGACUACUACUAUCCGAACGCACAGAACGCUCGAACGAUCUGGUACCAUGACCAUACCGAGCGCCAGACCGGUGAAAAUGUAUACAGGGGGCUCUCUGGCUUUUACAUCAUAACGGACGAAGACGAACAAGCCCUCGGGUUGCCAACUGGUGACCAUGAUAUCCCUCUAUCCUUGAGUGCGAAGACAUACAGUCCUGAUGGCUCUCUCUUGUUCGAUACGAAUAACAAUACUGGACUGUGGGGCGAUGUCAUCCAUGUGAACGGUCAGCCUUGGCCGUACAUGAACGUUGAGCCACGGAAGUAUCGCUUCCGUAUUCUCGACGGUACCAUCAGCCGUUCCUUUGUCCUAUACUUGCAAGACGAUGCAACUGAAGAGACCGUGGACUUCACCAUGAUCGGUUCGGAUGGAGGACUUUUCUCCCACCCCGUGAACACGUCGAGCUUCGCUAUCUCCGAAGGUGAACGCUACGAGAUCGUCGUCGACUUCGCCGACUUCCAAGGCAAGAACAUCACAAUGCUCAACGAGCGCGGAAUGGUGGGAAACCUUGACUUCGCCGCAACUGAUCGCGUCAUGCGCUUCGUAGUCGGCGACACCGUGACAGACUGCACCAACAACGACCCCAUACCAUCCGACCUUCGCUACAUCUCUCCGCCUCCGGAGACGAACAUCACCAAGAGCUUCAAAUUCUCGCGAAUCGACGGCGAGUGGCUCGUCAACGGUGUAGGCUGGGAAGACAUCGAGAACCGUAUCUUGACAAGACCUGUCCUGGGCGAGGAUGAGAUCUGGGAGUUGAGACACGGAGGUGGAAAUGCCUCGCACCCUGUUCACAUCCACCUGGUCGACUUCCAGGUGCUGUCUCGUACGGGGAAUCGUAAUGAGGUGAUGCCAUAUGAAGCAGCGGGUACGAAGGACGUUGUGUGGAUCGCUCCUGGUGAAGUCGUCAGGGUUGUGGCUCGCUACGCACCGUGGGCAGGUGUUUACAUGUUUCAUUGUCACAAUCUCGUCCACGAAGACCACGACAUGAUGGUGGCAUUCAAUGUCACGAACCUUGAGAAAUGGGGCUACGACAAUUCCACCAUGUUCAUCGACCCCAUGGAGCCCAAGUUCCGACCGAAGAACGUUGAGGACGCGGACUACACAGAAGAGGCUAUACGAGACAAGCUGGACUGGUUCUACAGUCUCAACGCCUACGAAGAGCGCUCUGAGUGA